AGCCGGGUUUGACACUACCAUUUCCACCCGCAAAUCCUUGUUCUGUCUAACAUUCAAAAAGUCUUAUAUAUAUCUCGUCUCGAUUUUCUACCGGAAGAAUUCCUGUUAUUGACGAAAACACAGAAGAAUUUAUCAUCAAGAGGAAGAAAAAGGGUAUGGAAAUCUGUAGUUCCAAUCAGUCACUGUGGGAAGAAAUCGAACGAUCUGAGAGCUAUCUUGUUUCUUGCAUGUUUGAUGAAGCAUCGUCUUUAGCUUCAUCUGUUCUUAAAGAUCUAUGCAGUCUUAAAUCCACCAAAUCCCUUGAUGAUACUGAAUUCUGUGAUAUGCUGGAAUCAGCCACCAUGGUUUUGGUUCAGUCCUUGAAGGAGCUUGGAAGGACAAGGGAAAUUCUGAAUGAACUGAAGUCUUUGUAUGGUUCUCUGAUUUCCAUUCCUAUUGACGUCUUCAUAUCAGGAGUUUGCUUUCAAGUAUGGGGUGGUCAUAAAUUAUCUGCUCGAGAAAUUCUUGAGGAAUUUCUGAACAAUUGGACGUCCUUGGAUGAAAAUAACUAUGCCUUAAAAAAUGUAGAAGAACUUGGCAAUCACUCUAUGCUAGGGGUUGAGAAAUAUUUGGAAGUUGUUGAGCUCUAUGUUGCAACUUUUAUUGGGAUGCCUCAAAGAGACUUAGCCAAUGCUAUUAAGUGGGUUGAGAAAGCUUCAUUACCAGAAGAAAAACAACAAGAACUUCUAAGAAGACUAAACUCCCUUUACAUCCCGAAUGUUUCUGUAUCAUCAUCAUCACAAGUUUCUUCCUUAGCCGAUGAGAAUAAAGUUAAUUCUUUCCUGUCUAAUGCUCAUAACAACAAGAAGAAACAACAAAUUCUGAAAUUAUCGAAACAAAGUGUUCAACCCUUCUGGCUGUUCCGUAACAUCACUUUAAAGUUUGGAAGCUAUCGUCUGGUCUUAUCAAAUGGGAAAAUCAUGUUCAGUUGUUUGCUUCUCUUAGUGUUUUAUUUUCUGCGGAAGAAGCGAGUUGCUAUAAAAAGUAGUAUAAAGACACAAGCUUUGUCAUUGAGGAACACUUCGAUUGACCUGUGGCAGCUUGCGUUUUCAUACCAAGUGAAUCCUCUAGCUGUUGUCGAACCGAUGGCACGUGGAACCAGGUGAGAGCAUCAAUCUUUAAUAGCUAAAUUUUAUUAGUGUUUUUUAGACCAAAUUUAUGUACACAGAGAAGACAUCAUAUUGCAAUUAAAUCUUGUUACAAUUUGUAGAAGAAUUAAUAAUUAUUAAUGUUUGUUAAUUGGGUACUAAAGUUAGUUAGUUGGAGUUAAACUGAUGCUAUUGUUUUUAUAGAGUUUGUGGUAUAUUUUGUAUUUGAAAUUAGUUCAGAUACCUUUUUUUAAUAAGUGGGAGUUUUUGUACCUAUAUUGGAUUUUAUGAUACUAUACA